AUGUCAACACCUCUCCUCCCUCUUGGCCAAGGACCUCGUGUCAUUGUAUACCAUCAGACGCACCAUGGGCCAAAUAACGGACCUCCUGUCAGCCUCCUUCCGCUGAUCACAAACGGCACUGGAGUGACACAUGUCGUUGUCGCGGCAAUUCAUCUGAACGACCCACCGGGAAACAUCACAUUGAAUGACCAUCCACCGGAUCAUGAACGCUUCAACACACUAUGGGGAGAAGUUGCCUGGCUUCAAGCCAGCGGCGUGAAAGUGCUGGGCCUAUUGGGAGGUGCCGCGAAAGGAUCUUACGAACGACUCGAUGGCGAUGACACUGCCCGCUUCGAAUCAUAUUACGUCCCACUCAGGGACAUGAUUCGAAGAUAUCGGUUCGAUGGGUUGGAUCUUGAUAUCGAGGAGCCGACUUCGUUGCCCGGUACGGUGCGACUCAUAGACCGGUUACGGGCGGAUUUUGGGCCGGAGUUCAUCAUCACGCUUGCGCCUGUUGCAACUGCUUUGCUGCCGAAUCAGCCGCAUUUAUCGGGGCCAGCAUUUGAUUAUAGGUUGUUGGAGCAGAUGCGUGGACAUGAGAUUGCGUGGUAUAAUGCACAAUUCUACUGCGGCUGGGGAGAUGCUAGCUCUAUGGCGUGGUACGAUGCGAUCAUGAGCAUGGGCUGGAAUCCAAACAAAGUCGUCUUCGGACUCAUAACCAACCCCGCCAACGGACCAGGCCAUGUAGAAUGGGCAAGACAGGAAGGCGUACUUCGAGCACUUCGCCAAAAAUACCCCAACUUCGGAGGUGUGAUGGGUUGGGAGUACUUCAACUCACUACCAGGAGAUUCAGCACGACCGUGGGAAUGGGCAGCCAACAUGGCUCGGACGAUAAGGACUCCUCUGCCGACACCACCUCCGAUCCCAAUACGACCAUAUGGACAGCCGGCGCAGUUACCACAGCCUCCUCAUUCGUUUCCAGCAGAAAGUGUGCAGACUUUGAAGGAUCUUGGGUUCACGGAUCAACAGGCUGUUGCUGCGCUGAAUUCGACGGGAGGAAAUGUGGAGUAUGCUGCUGCCUUUCUCUUUGAGAAUUGA